AUGAGGUCCGCCCACCAAGAGACGCAAGUCUUUGGAAGGCUCUUUCGUGUGCUCCUGUUUUUCAUCCUUUUCACCAAUCAUGUUAUUGCCGCUCCUGCUCAAGCUGCCGCCGAUGAGUAUGACUACAUUGUAAUCGGUAGCGGUCCUGGCGGAGGUCCUGUUGCCGUAAACCUAGCGAAAGCCGGGUACUCCGUCCUGAUACUGGAGGCUGGCGACACCAGCGUGGCAACCGGCUCAAAUCAAUACCCGCCUUCCAUUACCUGGGAUUUCUUCGUAAAGCAUUACGAGGAAGACGAAAAGAACAAGCGGAACAAUUUUGUAACCUGGCGAGCCCGCGACGGCUCCUACUGGGUUGGCAACAAGAAUGUUCCCUCCGAUGCAAAGCUCCUGGGCAUAUACUACCCUCGCGGCGCCACUGUCGGAGGCUCUUCCAUGAUCAACGCCAUGGCUACAUUCCUCCCGACUGACAGCGACUGGAACUACGUUGUUGAGCUGACUAACGAUACCACAUGGGCAGCAAAUAACAUGCGCAAAGUUUUCGAGUCAAUCGAGAAGAACAACUAUCUUCCCGUCGGUACUCCUGGGCACGGUUUUAAUGGCUGGUUCCAGACAAACAUGGACAAAACCACGAGCGUCACCGGGCCCAUUGCAGGAGUGCUGACUGCAAUGGCCAACGACUUGGGUCAGAACCCAAACCAACUCGUACAGCUAGUCAGCCGCGACUCCAACGACCUUAAUCCUAAUCGCGACACCACUGUAGGCAUCUACGGAUUCGCACGACAUGCCCGUGCCAAUGGUCAGCGAUACAGUUCCAGGGACUACAUAACCGAAGCCAUCAAUACGCGCCAGUUCCCACUUACUCUGUCUCAGAAUUCUCUCGCAACCAAGAUCAUCUUCGAUACCUCGGGAGGCAAGCCCAAGGCGAAGGGUGUGGAAUAUCUCGUUGGAAAGUCUCUAUACAAAGCCGAUGCGAGGCACAAUCCCAAUGGGCCCAAGGGCGACAAACGCACAGCCACUGCCCGUCGUGAGGUCAUCCUGUCAGGAGGUACCUUCAAUUCUCCGCAGCUCCUAAAGCUAAGCGGCAUAGGACCAGCGGAAGAACUGCGCAAAUUCAACAUUCCUGUACUUGUUGACUCACCCGGUGUCGGGACGAACAUGCAGGAUAACCAAGAGAUGCCCGUCGUUGGUUCUCUCCGCUCCCAAGCUGGGGGCUUCGGCUCAGGCGGAUGCGUGAUGUACAAGACGCAGCACGCACCAUACGGCGAGCGCGACAUGUUCCUCAUGCAAGGGCCGUACGCUUUUAGGGGCUUCUGGCCGAGUAAUCAGUCAAACGCUGCUCUUCCCGUAGACCCAGCCGGGACGUAUGGCGUCUCUAUGGUCAGGCAGCAUCCGCAGAACCGCGCGGGUACCGUCAAGCUUUUGUCGGCCAACCCACAGGACGUGCCCGAGAUCAACUUCAACCUGUUCAAGCAGGGCCGCGAAGCAGAUAUGGGAGCCAUGAAGGACGUUGUCGCCUGGGUGCGACGAAUUUAUGCCAAGGUUGCUGGCCCGUCGGGUCCCAUUACCCCUCGGGAACCCCCAUGUCCCAACAUCCAGGCUUCUGGUGUGUGUUCCGAUCCUAAAGUUGACGAGAGUUGGAUCGAGGCCCAGACUUUUGGACAUCAUCCUACAAGUACGUGUGCAAUCGGCUCUGAUGGAAACAAGAAUGCUGUGCUGGAUUCAAAGUUCCGCGUAAGAGGUGUUGAUGGGCUCCGUGUUGUGGAUGCUAGCGCUUUCCCGAGAAUCCCUGGUGUCUUCCCUGUCGUGGCUACAUUCAUGAUCAGCCAGAAGGCGUCCGAUACUAUUCUGGCGGAGCUCAAGGGAUGA